AUGUCCAAAGCACCGCUCAAGAAGUCCGAGUGGGAGAGGCAACUCUCGGUCAUCAAUGUCGCCAAAGAGGAUCUCAACCGGCUCGUCAUGGACUAUCUCGUCAUCGAGGGCUACAAGGAUGCCGCCGACUGCUUCAGCAGGGAGAGCGGCCUCAAGCCCUUUGUCGACUCGGAAAGCAUCCUCAACCGCAUGAUCAUCCGAGGAGCCAUCCAGCGCGGCGACAUUGACGACGCCAUCGGUCGCGUCAACGAGCUCGAUCCAGAGAUUCUGGACAACAAUCCGCUGCUCUUCUUCCACCUGCAACAGCAGCGUCUCAUCGAGCUCAUCCGUGCUGGCCUGGUCAACGAGGCGCUUGCCUUUGCUGCCGAGGAGCUUGCACCGCGCGGCGAAGAGCAUCCGGACCUGCUACCGGAGCUCGAGCGCACCAUGGCGCUGCUGGCAUUCGACGUGCCCAAAGCCGCCGGCAUGGCUGCCACUGGCCCGCUCGCCGCGCCCGUGCAUGUCGCAGAGCUGCUAUCGCCGAGCCAGCGUCUCAAGACCGCCGGCGAGCUCAAUGCGGCCAUCCUCGCAUCCCAGAGCCAGGGCCGAGAGCCCAAGCUGCCCCAGCUGAUCAAGAUGCUCAAGUACACCGAGGAGCUCAUGGGUCCCACGGGCCCGGGCAAGUGGGAGUUCCCGCAUCUCGACCUUGAAGGCGCACUCGGCAUCGGCAGCGCCAACGACGCGCACACUGCCCAGCCUGAGUCGACGCUUGCUGUGUAA